AUGUGUUUUUCUCUGUCUUCAAGGUUUGAGAUCAAUUUCCUGUGUGACCGCGAUGACAGAAUAGCCUUCCAUUUAAACCCACGGUUCACUGAAUCAGAUAUCAUCUGCAACUCCUACAUGGCCAACCACUGGGGGCAGGAGGAGAGAUGCAGCAGCUUCCCCCUCGGGAUAGAAGAGCCUUUCCAGAUUGAAAUUUACUCUGACAAUGAUAACUUCCAUGUUUACAUUGACGAAACCAAGGUGAUGCAGUAUAAACACCGUGUGGAAGACCUGAAGACCAUCACGAAAGUACAAGUGGUGAAUGAUGUCAAUAUCUCCUCUUUAGAAAUGACCAAAAAGCAUUUUUACUAAGUGGUGGGCUGGAAGGCCAAGCAGAUGAUUCAUUUGGAGUGAACCUUGUGUUUGUUUAUGGUGGGUUAUUGUUUUUAGCAUAUCUGUUUACACACCUUUCAAUACUCAUAAUUAUCCUCUUGGGUUAAUUAUCCUCUGUAAAGGUGUGAUUAUUAGUAUUGACAUGCCUUACCUUGACUACAUAUUCAUAUGAAUCUGUGAAUAAAUGGGAUGUUUGAAAAGAUUCCUGAAGGACUCAUCUGGGUGACUAAGAAUUUCUGUUUUUCCACAAAAUCAAUGUCAAAAAUAGAUUCUGCAAAUCCAUCUGGGUUGCUUAUGAUAAAAACAUCCUAAGAAAAUACAAAAAAUAUGCUCAUGUAACGCUAGCGGCUGCAGUCUUUAGCCUCCUCAUUA